AUGCCUAUGCCUGUUGAAUCAAGCGAACCUAACGAAGUUACUGAAAGUAUAAACAAAUUAUCUCUGAAGUUUGACGCCUUAUCUCUUCAAAAUUUUCAAAUUGCAGAUCAAAUUGAAUUUUUUAAGAAUUUUUAUGAAUGCUGCAACAAUAACUUGAACAAUCUCCGUGCAAAAACAAUAGCCGCACUCGACAAUAGUAAUUUAUUAGAUAAAAUUGAAAUUUAUUUAGAAAAUCAAUUUAAUGAAGAAUCAUAUUCAUAUAUUUUUCAAACACUAGCUCUUAUAGCCGGUUCUCUACAACAAGAUUCUGCUUUACUUGUUAGAAAAUUCAAAAUCGCAACUUUAAUUUCAAAAUUUGAGAAGUGUAGUGUAGAAACAAGGAAAUUCAUACUUAACGUAGUUGCAGCAGCAUGUCCUCAUGCAGGUACAAGCAAAAACGCUUCAGCAAACCAAAUUGAAAAAUCAAUUGUUGGAGAAUUGUGCAGAUUGUUCACUACUCCCGACCACAAGUACGAUGAGAAUGAUUUUCUUCAUAUUUGCAUUAUUCUUAAUUAUUUAGCAAAUUUUGAAUCAUUGGCUCAAUCAAUCAUUGAUUCUGAGUCAAUUCCGAACUUAUCGUGCAAGGAUGAACAUUUACACUUACAAGCAGUUGAUUCUCAACUCGAUUUACUUAUUUCUUUGAUUCCUCAGUACGGAUUCCCUGAUUCCUUCUAUAAAAAGAAUAUUUGCAGUUCUGAGAAGCUACAGUUAGUCGGAUACUCUGAAUUUUCUGAUAUUAUUCGUCCAAUUUUAAUUCAAUAUUUUGAAUCGAAUUUAUUACUUAGCUACAGCAUCAGAAAGAUUCUUUAUCUUCUUGCUUUCGUAUCUAAAUACAAACCACUCAAAUGGAAUGAAAAUUACUCAAAAAUUUUGAAUCAAAUUUUGAAUUUACCAAGCGCAAACACUUUAGCACCAUAUAUCCUUCUUCUAUUGCUCAAUGUAGAAGAUCCAAAUGUAAUUUUGAAUACAGAUUUCAUAGAAAAAUUGAAAGCUUUUCAAAUUAACAAUAAAUGGUAUGCAAAACGCAUCAAAUUCCUUAGUAAAUCAACUACAGAUAAAGAAUAUAAGACAAUUGAUGACUUUAGAGAUAUAGACAAACAUAAUAUAACAUAUGAUGUUGUUCUCAAACUUUUGAAGGUUUUAAAGAACACAAAACCAUUUGAUGCCACACAAGAUGACUUCUACUCUAAAAUUACCAAUACAAUUCGCGCAUUAAUUUCCAAUUUCGUUCAAUUAUCUCCUUCAGAAGGUAAAUUUGUCUUUUUACGUCUUGGAUCACAAUUGUCCUUCAAUUUGACAUUGAUUGGACCAGAAGAUGCCUUCCAAACAUCAAUGCUCAUUAAUCAAGAUAUCGGAGCCAUGAUUUUCUAUUAUAUUUUCCAAUCCGGAGUAGAAAAUCUCAAUUCCCUUCAAGACAAGCUUUCUAAGUCCGAAUACGGAUCAGUUAUGAAGUUCCCUCCGGUGACUUCCCCGGACGAUAUGACAACGAUAAGUGGACUUUUAUCGAAAAUCUCCAAUGUUUUUUAUGAUAUCAAAGGAGUGGCUGAUUACACUGUAUACUUGAUUGAUUAUAAGAACGAGAGACACAAUUUUGCACCGAACGAACAAUUUUUCAGAUCAAUUAUUUCUACAGUCAGACAGCCAUGCGAUGCCAUCAACAAUGACAUUGUUAUGAUCAUAGAAGAAGGCAAGAGUGAACCAACAAAACUCCAAAUUCCAAAAGUUUUGUGGGAAAAUCAGAUUUUUACAAAAAUUGUUGAACUUGCAAGUGAAUACUUCAGAGUAACAGGUAUAAGAAUCAUUGAAGAAGAAUUAAACAAGAGAUGCUACGAGUCUUUGGCAAAUCUUGUAUUUUCAUUCGCAUUCCAUUCAUCAGAGACACGCGCCAUGUAUCAUUGUCCAUUCUUAUUCUCAUUCGAAACAAGAUACGCCUAUCUGAGAACAGUUUUCAUGGAUUAUGAGAAUUAUUAUGAUUUUAUUCUCAGAAACUUCGAAAACAAACCGAAAGGAUUCCGUCCAUAUCUCAGAACACAGAUUACUCCACACAGAGAUAACAUUUACGAAGACGGAUUGAAGAUUCUCAGAAAUUGUGGCCAAGGAACACUUAUUUGGGACACAGAGUUCGAUGUCGCCACAGGACAAGGCCCAAUGAGUGAGUUCAUGCAGCUGUUGGCCCAAGCCUUCGCGAACGACAAAGAAAUGUGGAUGGAAAACAAAGAAAACGGAUUAUUCCCUAAAAGCAACGUCACAAAGAACUUCUGGGAGUUCGGAAUCCUCUGUGCAAGAGCUAUUCUCUUAAAUAGCCCUAUAGAUAUCCCUCUUUCCGAUGCUUUCUUCGCUUUAGUUCGUGGAGAUGAAGUUGAUAUUUCCCAAUACGAUGAACAAGUGGCCACUUCACUUUCUGACAAAGAUAGUUUGAUCGGAUUGAGUUAUGACAUGUUGGGUGGACCAGAUAAAGAGAUUACUGAGGAAAAUGUUGAUGAUUUCAUCAAUUUCGCUCGGAAUCUGUCUGAUUCAUGCAAAGAAUCCUGCAGAGAGUUCCAAAAAGGAUUCUCAACAGUCAUUCAAGCAGAAGCAUUGUCAUUGUUCACUCCAAAAGAGCUUUCUAAGUUAGUUUGCGGAGAAUCUUUCGAGUUUACUUUGGAAGAUUUCGAAAAAUACGUAAAUAUAACAAGAAAUGCUAAUGAAGCAAUGAGAACAAUGCUUGGAGAGGUAUUGCUGGAGUUUUCUUCUGAACAAAGAAUGAAAUUCAUCCAAUUCGCAACAGGAUGCAACAAAUUGCCAAUUGGAGGCCUCGCAAACCUCAAUCCAAGACUAGAACUACAAUUAAAGUUCGAUGAAGAAGAUACUCUACCAACUGUUUCAACUUGCGGAAGAUUUUUGAAGAUGCCAAGGUAUUCAUCGAAAGAAAUCAUGAAAGAGAAAAUAGCAAAGGCUCUUGACUUCUGUGGUAACUACUAUGCUUUCUCUUGA